GCUUGUGCAAAACACGCAAACGUGAAAUCGAAAGUCGUUAUCAACAACAACAACAACCAGCCAACAACAACACUCUCGCUCGCUUGCUUGCUUGUUGCCUUCCUUGAACUGCCUUCCAUUGCCUUUGUUGGUGUGGUGUUGAGGUCGAGAGGUACAGCCAUGUCGGAUAUCGUCCGCGGCAUUGUGGAGAAGCUCAAUGCUCCUCCCUUCAACAAGAACUUCACACUAAUCGGCUUCGAUGCCAUGUCCCCGGAGCAGCUCAUCGAAACCCUCAACUCCAUCUUCGUCGCCAUCGCUCCAGACCAUGACGUCGACACGAGGCAAGAGCUGCCCGAUGACCGGGUGGUGCGCAUGAUGAGCCUACUGCGCGUGCUCAAGUACAAGCCAUCCGUCUCAAAGUCGGACAUGGCCGCUGGGCUGAUUGACGCCAAGCCCGAGGUGAUUCACCCGAUCAUGCACUGGGCCCUGAGCAAACUGCCUGAGCUAAAGAAGCGCGCGUAUCUCGCCAACUUUCUCAUGACCAUCGAGGUCCCCGACGAAAUGAUGCAGAACGACGAAGUCGCCGAGACCCGCGAACAGUACCUUGCGCUGAUUGACACGUUCAAGGAGGUCCACAAGGAAGUCGAAAACAUGCGCUCGUCUGGGUUUUCCGUGAGCGAAGUGAAGAACGACAUCAAACACAUGGAGAAGGAGAAGGACCAACUUGAGAAGCGCGUCGCCCGCAUGCAGCAAAAGUAUGAGAACGUUGCUGAGUACAACUCGAUGCUUGACGCUGCUCGCGCCCUCCGCCGCGAAGUUGAACGCGAGGGCGAACUCGAGCGCCUGAGGCAGGACCAGACAGAACAGCUGUCGCAUGCUGAGGACAAGUACCAGCGGACAAUGCAGCUGCUGCGCGAGGUGCGGGCGAAUGCCGUGAGCGGCGGGGCCGAUGCCGUCAUCAAACGAACGGAGGAUGAAGUCAAGAUGAAGCGAUACCUCGCACACGAGAAGCUCCCGGCGGCGAUUGAGGAGAAGGAGAAGGCAUGCAAGGAGGCACGCCGCAUUCUCGACGAGCCCGCCAUGACGCAAGACGACCUCAACAGCCUCCACACACAGCUCGCCAAGUUGGAGAAAGAGUACGACGAGAAGCGGAAACUGCAGGAAUCCCGCGGCCCGCGCAUGCUCAAGGCCGAUGAGUUCAAGCGGUAUGUUGCCAAGUUGCGAACAAAGAGCACAACAUACAAGCAGAAGAAGAACAAGUUGACGGCGCUGCAAUCGGAACAUCUCGUCCUUGAUCGCACCAUCGAGAUCCUCACGCAGCAGGAGCACCACGCUCGCGCACAGCUGUCUGCGCUUGAGGCGGAGCGCGGCGUGAGCGGGGUGACAGCGGCGCAGACGGAGCUGGAAGACGUCUCUGCCAACAAGGGCGAGCUCGACGCGCGCAAGGGAGAGACGCUUGAUGACAUCUCACGUAUGGUGGACGAGCUGAACGAGAAGAUCUCGGCCAAGCGGACGUCGCUGGCACCGCUGAUCAAGCAGCUGCGCUCCCUCCGCGCCGAGGAGAAGACAGUCAAGGAGAAGUAUGACGAGAAGAAGGCGGAGUACGAUGCGUCGUCGGCGCAGCUUGAGUCGAGCAAGUCCAAGCUCGAGACGGAGGUGAAGGCACUGCGGGAGGAGGUGUCUGUGGAGGAGAGCAGGUACCACUACCUCCACAACAUGAUCGCCCACAUCUCAAAGCAGCUUGAGGUGGCGCAGCGGGAGAUGCGGCUGUAUCUCGGGCAGGAGGAGGGCUCGUCCCUUCGUGAUGUCAUGACGAAGAAGAUCCAGGAACAGGACCGCAUCGGCAAGCAGCUGCGCGCACAGCAGACGGAGGUGAAGGAGUCAUUUGACGCCAACAUCAGGCAGCUCGACAUGUGGAAGGACCUUGAGCUGCUGAUGAAGUGCAAGACGGAGUGUGUCGGUGUUGCGACGGGCGCUGCUGCCGAUGACAACGACGCUGUUGCGCUUGAGGAACAGGACCGCCUCGUCUUCUCGUGAUGACGACGACGAUGAUGAUGAUGAUGAUGAUGAUGAUGAUGAUGCUCGUCGUCGUCGUCGUCGUGGCAGUUGGUGUUGCCCUUGCAUGUACGUGCACCGCUUCCUUCACUUGUGUUGUUUGGUGUAUAGUUGUGGAGUGCUUUCGUCUGCGUGUGUGUGUGUAUGUGUGUGUGUGUGUGUGUGUGUG